AUGGGCUUCUCCUUCGGCUCAUAUACCUCGAUCUGCGAUGAGGUGGCGAUGGUCGUCUGUCCGUUGCUCGGCACGUCCGGGCUCGGGCUCGAACCCAUCUGCUACUCGAGAAACGUCGAGAUCAACAAGACGAUCAUCUUCCAGCCCGCUACGUGCUUCAUCCACAUCGCCGCACUCGUCAUGACUGCCAUCAUGGUGUAUCACAUUCGUAGCAAGUAUACGGCGGUGGGGCGCAAGGAGAUCGUGCUCUUCUUCUAUCUGUUUGCCAUCUCGGAGGUAUUGGUUAUCUUUUUGGAUUCGGCGAUCGUCCCGACGUACUCGGCGGCGUACUUGUACUUGACGGCGGUCUACGUGGGGCUGAAGACGAGCAUAUUUUGGUGUUUGCUGAUCAAUGGCUUUGUUGGGUUCCAAUUUGCGGAGGACGGCACGCCCAAGUCAUUGUGGUUCUUGCGGGUGUCUUCGGUGGUGCUGUUCGGGGUGGGCAUGUUUGUGUCGGUUGCGACGUUCAAGGGCAUUGCAGGAAUGUCGCCGGUCAAGCAGACGGGCCUCUGGAUCGUCGAGCUCAUCUUCCCCCUGGCGUGCGUGCUCAUCUACACCAUCUCGCAGGUGCUCCUCGUCCUGCGAACGCUCGACGACCGCUGGCCGCUGGGCGACAUCACUUUCGGCGUGUUCUUCUUCGCCGUCGGGCUCAUUUUGAUGUACGGCUUUGGCGAGGAGGUGUGCCGCGCAGUCAAGCACUACAUCGACGGCACCUUCUUUGGGUCGUUGUGCAUGCUGCUCGCGGUCAUGAUGGUGUACAAGUACUGGGACUCGAUCACCAAGGAGGACCUCGAGUUCUCCGUGGGCAGCAAGCAAGCGGUGUGGGAGGUCAAGGACCCGCUUUUUGCCACGUCGAGCAGCGAGGGCGAUGGCACCAUGUUGGGCGCGGGUAGUGCGAUGACGCAUGACUCGUUUAGGGGGACCAGUCCGUCGAGGUUCGCGCAGCAGGGCCCGGGCAAGUCGCCGAUGGGUUAUCCGCCUGUGGGCAACUAUUCGCACUGA